AGAAUUCACAGUGGAAAGAAACCCUAUGAAUGUAAACUAUGCAGUAAAACAUUCAGUUAUGCCAGUUAUCUUUGGGCACAUGAAAGAACUCACAGUGGAGAGAAACCCUAUGAAUGCAAACAGUGUAGUAAAACAUUCAGUUAUUGCAGUAAUCUUCGGAGACAUGAAAGAAUUCACAGUGGAGAGAAACCCUAUGAAUGUAAACUAUGUAGUGAAACAUUCAGAUGUUCCAGUAAUCUUUGGGCACAUGAAAGAAUUCACAGUGGAGAGAAACCCUAUGAAUGUAAACUAUGCAGUAAAACAUUCAGUUAUGCCAGUUAUCUUUGGACACAUGAAAGAACUCACAGUGGAGAGAAACCCUAUGAAUGCAAACAGUGUAGUAAAACAUUCAGUGAUUCCAGUAAUCUUCGGAGACAUGAAAGAAUUCACAGUGGAGAGAAACCCUAUGAAUGUAAACUAUGUAGUAAAACAUUCAGAUGUUCCAGUAAUCUUUGGGCACAUGAAAGAAUUCACAGUGGAGAGAAACCCUAUGAAUGUAAACUAUGCAGUAAAACAUUCAGUUAUGCCAGUUAUCUUUGGGCACAUGAAAGAACUCACAGUGGAGAGAAACCCUAUGAAUGCAAACAGUGUAGUAAAACAUUCAGUGAUUCCAGUAGUCUUCGGAGACAUGAAAGAAUUCACAGUGGAGAGAAACCCUAUGAAUGUAAAGUAUGU